AUGGUGGACGUCUUGGGCGGCCGGCGCCUGCUGAGCCGCGACGGCGCGUGGGUGGAGGCCGAGGCUGCGCUGCAGAACAAGGUGGUGGCUCUGUACUUCGCCGCGGGCCGGUGCCCGUCCAGCCGCGACUUCGCGCCGCUGCUCCGCCGCUUCUACGCCAAGCUGGUGGCGGAGGCGCGGUCCCCCGCGCCCUUGGAGGUGGUGUUCGUGUCCGCGGACCGCAGCGAGCGGGAGAUGCUGGACUUCAUGCGCGAGCAGCACGGCGCCUGGCUGGCGCUGCCCUUCUACGACCCCCUCCGGCAUGAGCUGAAGACCAGGUACCACAUCUCAGUCACCCCCAGGCUGGUGGUUGUGAAACCGAGCGGGGAGGUCAUCACCGACAAAGGGCGGAAGCAGGUCCGCGAGCAGGGGCUGGCCUGCUUCCAGAACUGGGUAGCGGCCGCCAACAUCUUUCAGAAUUUCUCCGGAUGA